UCGCUGCCCUAAAAUAAUAAAAGAUCAUUCAUCCAUACCUAUCAACAACAAAUCCAACCUCCCUUGUAAUCCUCCCCCCCAAAACCUUAUCCGAUUUUUAUUUAUUUAUUAAUCAAAUCAAUCUUCAGCUAUUAUUUCUCUCUCUUUCAACUUCAAAAUCCCCUGUUUUCUAACCACCUUUUAUCCUUUACAAAACUUGCAAAGAAUCCCGAUUAACUCAAAUUCAAUAUUACCCGAAUUCUCUCUAAUUCAAAUUCAAAAGAAAAAGAUAGCAACAAUGGCUUGUACUGCACUUUCUGAAUCUGAUCAAUUCCAAUUGAUUCACAAGCUUAAUGUUUUUCGGAUCCAUGGCCGUGAUAAAGGCGGCCGUAAAAUUCUCACCAUCCUCGCCAAAUUCUUUCCUGCUCGAAUUGUAAGCGUCGAAAUUGUGAAGAAAUAUUUGGACGAGAAGAUUUAUCCAAAAUUACUAAAGAAAGGGGAAUUCUCUGUCCUCUACAUUCACACUAGCGUUGAUCGUGGAGAGAAUUUUCCUGGAAUCUCAGCCCUCCGAUCUAUCGUUGACAACAUCCCCCCGUCGGUUCAAAGCAGCCUUGAUUCUGUUUAUUUCCUCCACCCUGGCCUACAGUCUCGCCUCUUCCUCGCCACCGUCGGCCGCCUUUUUUUCUCUUCUAGAUUCUAUGGUAAGGUGAAGUAUGUAACUAGGGUGGAUUUUCUGUGGGAGCACAUACGAAGAGACGUGAUAGAGAUACCAGAGUACGUGUGUGAUCAUGAUGAAGACUUGGAGCGCCGUCCGAUGAUGGAUUAUGGAUUAGAAAGUGAUCAUCCAAGGGUGUAUGAUGCACCAUCUGUUGAUACCCCGUUGGCUACAUACUCUACUCGCUGCAUCUCGUAGCACUAGAUUACUUCAUGGCCUCGUCGGCUCUCCCAGCUAAAAUGGCAGCAACCAAAUUCUUGAUAAUUUUGUGUUGUAGUUGGGUUUGAUUUCACAAACUUUUAAGGUUUUUAAGUUUCUUUUCUUUUUUCUGUUUUUUUUUUUUUUUUGUGGAAAAGAAGAGAAAAGUCAAAAAAAACAACUACGGUUUGUGUAUUUUGAUUGUGUAAAUAGAGUUGUUGGAGUAAAUUGAGAAAACUAGUUUUACCUUAGGAUUUUUGUGUACGGUUUUUUCGUCAAAUACCCCUAAAGUAAUUCAAUUACUCCGUACUAAUUUUAAACUUAUAUUCUCAUUUUUAUGUCCUAAGAUAUUUUUGGCAAUUAUUAAUUUUAAACUUA